GAAACUAAACACUCGGAAAUGGCCACUUAAUUCCUCUGCCAAAUUCCCACCGCGACAAGCCAGUACUACUCGAUCCCCUCCUCUGUUUGAGACUUCUCGCUCGCUCCAUCUCUGUAACUAACCGACCGAUAUGGCUGACCUGAGAUAUCAAAAUAAUGUCAUUUUAGCUGGCCAACCCCCGAAAUCUCUGGAGGAUUUUGAUCCUCCAAAGAAACCCGGAAGGAACAUGUACGCUAUUGCUUGUGCUACUUUGGCCUCCAUGACUUCCGUCUUACUGGGUUAUGAUAUUGGAGUAAUGAGUGGAGCAAUAAUUUACAUCCAAAAAGAUCUCAAGAUUUCGGACUUGCAGGUCGAAGUCCUCGCCGGGAUACUUAACCUCUACUGCCUCAUCGGUUCCUGCGCCGCUGGCAGAACCUCCGACUGGAUAGGCCGCCGCUACACCAUCGUGGUAGCCCAAGUCAUCUUUUUCAUCGGAGCUAUCUUCAUGGGCUUGGCCACUAACUACGCCUUUCUCAUGGUUGGCCGUUUCGUUGCCGGCGUCGGCGUCGGUUUCGCCCUCAUGAUCGCCCCAGUCUACACCGCGGAGGUCUCUCCGGCAUCCACUCGUGGUUUCCUCACCUCCUUCCCUGAGGUCUUCAUCAAUCUUGGGAUAUUGCUGGGGUACGUUUCGAACUACGGUUUCUCUAAGCUCCCAACUAAUUUGGGUUGGCGGCUGAUGCUGGGCGUGGGUGUAGUCCCCUCUGUUAUACUCGGUAUCGUCGUUUUAGGCAUGCCAGAGUCACCAAGGUGGCUGGUUAUGCAGGGUCGACUCGGUGACGCGAAGAAAGUCCUUGAUAAAACCUCAGACUCCAGAGAGGAGGCCGAUACAAGACUAGCAGACAUUAAAGGAGCAGCUGGUAUUCCUGAAAAUUGCACAGAUGACAUCGUUCCGGUGCCUAAACAGAACCAUGGUGAGGAUGUGUGGAAAGAAUUAUUUCUCCAUCCUACACCGGCGGUUCGCCACGCCUUAAUCGCAGGUGUAGGAAUCCAUUUCUUCCAACAAAUAACGGGUAUCGACUCUGUAGUUUUGUAUGGCCCGAGAAUCUUUGAGAAGGCUGGAAUCGAGUCGACGGACCACAAGCUACUCGCGACGAUGGCCGUUGGGUUCACCAAGACCAUUUUCAUCUUGGUGGCUACGUUUUUGCUGGACAGGAUUGGACGGAGACCCUUACUCCUCAGCAGUGUUGCUGGUAUGAUUUUUUCUCUUGCAAUGCUCGGAACGGGCAUGACGAUCGUCGAACACUCGGAUACAAAAUUAACGUGGGCAGUGGCUCUAUGCAUUGCCAUGGUUCUAGCAUUCGUUGCACUCUUCUCCAUCGGGAUGGGGCCCAUCACGUGGGUAUACAGCUCAGAGAUCUUCCCGUUGAGGCUACGAGCGCAGGGCACUAGUAUCGGAGUGGCGGUGAAUCGGGUGACGAGUGGGGUCAUCUCCAUGACUUUCCUAUCGCUGAGCCGUGGAAUCACCUUCGGUGGGGCAUUCUUUCUCUACGCGUCGAUUGCCACGGUAUCAUGGUUCUUCUUUUACUUCAUGCUACCGGAGACACAAGGUCGAACCCUCGAGGACAUGGAGGGGUUGUUCGGAAAUUUCGGAUGGAAGUUUGCUGAAUUCAAGAAGGAGAAGAAGCAUCAAAAUCAUGACCUGAACAAGGAAUUCAGGAGUACUGGUAAUGGGAAUGAUAGAGGUCAAAUUCAGUUAAGUACUAAUGGGCAGAUGUAAUUAUAUUAAAAGGACAAGUAAAAAUGUUUCGUUACAGAAUUUAGAUAUUA